CUCCAACAUCUGAGCCGCUGAAGACUCCCUCUUUCUUUGCCUCUCAUCACCAUCAAUCUGCCCCUGCCCUGGAUCUUCCCAUCUAUCGUCCGUCAUCUAUCUAUCGGCCUGAUCGCAUCUGGCUGACCAUGAAUUUCGCUCAGCGGAGAUCAGGGGUUACCAUCUUCGGCAGUACGGAGGGCCACAUGCGUCUGGCGGGCCGGUUCUGGCGCAGGUCCAACCGGCACACGCCGCAGGUGGUGCGGGUGCCCAACCCUCAGGGCCCUCCGCCGCCCAUCAGCUACUCAUUCAUGUGGAUACUCGGCAUGGACACUGUCAGGCUCGACUGCUUCCAACAGGCACUCACCCAGUUCGCCAGGGACAAAUCCAUCCUCGGUGAGUCGGGAGAGAGGGAGGGAGGGAGGGAGGGAGGGAGAGAGGCAGACGGGCAGACAGACAAGGCAGAUCAGACAGGGCGAGCGAGCAAGGAAGAGCUCCCGUCCUUUGCACUGACUGGCCCUUCUGUUUGUUUGCCUGUAUGUAUGUAUGUGUGAUGCGAUGCUCCCUCCCCUUUGACUCAUGAAUCCAUUAGUGAAUCGUUGCGGCCCUGCGAUCAAGAUGGUGGAGAAGUGCAUGCAGGCCAGCGUCCGGCACGUGUAUCUCGUGGAGCCCCACCAGGACGCCUGGGAGCUGGCCGCUCGGUGGCUGGAGCAGCGCAAAUGGAUGCUCCAGGAGACCUUUGCCUACCCGGGGGACUCUCGCGGCUUGGACGCACAGGACAACGUCUAUUACAAGGAGUUGAGACGCAAGGGCUUUGGGUUCGACAGGGCCAGGUGGGUCAGCCGGUUCAGCCAUGGCGUGGGGUACCCCAAGGUCAACAUCUUCCGCCAGAUCACCGAGACGCCCAACGAGGUCAAGGCUGACGUCCUCGUCCACGAGCUGUCGGGCAACCUGGCCAGCGAGCAGGGAAGCAUACUGGACGUCAUCAGGGCCAAGAAGAAGGUCCUCGUUACGGGCGGCAGGGUGCUGCCCGGGGUGGUCGAGACGUGGAUCGCUCCCGUGGCUCCGCUCAGGCUCUCGUGGUACGACAGGUACCGCAACUGGCGAUGGUGGAAUAUAUGGCCAAACGAAGAGGAAGAGGGCCUCUAUGACGUCAGGAAGUUCCCUCGUGAGCGGGGCGGGGCGGGCCGCGCACACAAAACAGGCCACUGAGUCUUUCCUCGUGUGUCUUGCUCUCUCUCCUUCCCUCCCUCCCUGCAUCCCUCCCUGCCUGCCUCUCUCCUUGGUUCAGUCGAUUUGCUCUUGGCGCCCCCGCAGCUGUUCGAGCGGUACGACCUCAACAGCCACGUCCGCGACUUGCAGAAGAGCCUGCAGCAGACGCGGGAGCUGUCCUUCACCCUGCCCUACGACUCCCAGCUGGCCGGCUUCGUCAUUUUCAUGCGCUCGGUGCUCGUGGAGCCGGCGCAAGCCAGCCCAGACAAUGUCGCUGAGCAGGCCAGCCGGGGGGAGGACAGCUCAGAGGAGAAACAGCAGCCAAAGACCGGUCUGGAGGGUGCGUUGCGGAGCAAGAUUGCGGAGCUGGAGACCCAGCUGGAGAAGGGCAAGGGCAAGAAGAGGAAAGUGGCGCUGAUGGGGCUCAGCAGGGGGGAGCAGUGGGCGAGAUCCGUCACGACUGACAACGAAGCCAACAAGGGCAUGGUGGCCUACGACACCCUCAACGACACCACGAGCUUCAACCCCUACUACCUCCACCUGUGGAACCCGCCACUCGAGCCACCCGAACUGGAACUUGAUGACUCCGACAAGGCAAGCACUGUGCGUGGGGUGCGGCCGUACACGCACACAGACAGACAGACAGACAGACACGGUGCCUGUGUGUGUGGUGUGUGUGGUGUGCAUUGAUUGUAUGCAUGUCUGCAGGAGAAUGUGGUUGAGUCGUUGUGGCAGGACGCCCCGUGCGACGUGCCUCUGAAGGUGCGGUGCAGCGUCGACGCACGCUACCCGGCCGCCAUGUACUCGAUCACCGCACAGUGGAUGAACGAGAGGAAGAGCUACUGGUGGGGCGGCAGAGAGGUCCUCGCCAAGGCCAACCCACACACUUUACCCGACUGACUGCCAGUGGCGGUGAGCAGCUCAGUGGUGGGUGGGCGAGUAGAGGGGGCGGAGGGAGGGAACGACAAGACGGCCGCAGCCAAUCGGUGAAUGGGGGCAGGGAAAGAGGGCUGAUUGGUAGGUAGAUGGAUGGAUGGAUGGACACGUUCAUGAAGUGCAUCAAUGUGCCUGCUGUCUAGCGCUCAUGCAUUCAUGUCCG